UUUGGGCACCUUAGUAACCCCCCUGCGGGCCUCCAAUACACCCCUGGAACCCCAAUCCCCCUCUGUGCCCCCCAGACCCUGCAGUUGCCUCCUGAGGCCACGUCGCAGCAGCUGUGGGGGCUUGAGCCGGCGGGACAUUAUGGGGUGCAGCUGUGGGGCCGGGGAGGGGACGCCCAAACCGCUCCCCUCGAGGCCACCUUUGACACCCCCCCUCUCCCGCACCCCCACCCCCGGGACUGUGCCGAGGAGCAGCGGAAUGGGCCGGGCCCCUCGCGGGAGACCCUCGUGUUCCUCGGAGGGGACCUGGCCCGGCCCCUCAGGGUCUUCUGUGACAUGGAGACGGACGGCGGCGGCUGGCUGGUGUUCCAGCGCCGCCAGGACGGGGGCACCGAUUUCUGGCGGGGGUGGGAGUCGUACGCCCGCGGCUUCGGCAACAUCAGUGGCGAGUUCUGGCUCGGGAACGAAGCGCUGCACGCGCUGACGGCCGGGACCCCCACGGAGCUGCGCGUGGACCUGCGGACCCCUCGCGACUCCGCCUUCGCGCACUAUCGCGACUUCGCCGUCGGCGGCGCCGAGGAGCGAUAUCGGCUCCGAGUCGGGACCUUCAGCGGCACCGCCGGGGACGCCCUCUCCUACCACUCGGGCAGCCCCUUCUCGACACGGGACCGGGACCCCCGGGACCCUCGGGGCCCCCGAGAGCCCCCGGGGCACCCCCGGCCUCCCCACUGUGCUGUGGCCUAUGGAGGGGCCUGGUGGUACCGGAACUGCCACUAUGCCAACCUGAACGGGCGCUACGGGGCCACCCGGGACCACCAGGGCAUCCACUGGUUCCCCUGGAAAGGCUUCAACGUCUCCAUCCCCUUCACCGAGAUGAAGCUGCGGCCGCAACGUGACUGAGGGGGCUGGGGCAGCCCCCUGUGUGUGGGGGGAGUUUAGGGGGGCAAGGGGGCCUCCCUGGGUGCUGGGGGGCCCCAGGUGGGACUUGGGGAGAGGGUGGGGGGUCGACGGUGAAACUUUCAUUGAGGGUUAAUAAAAGCUGACGGUGACCCCCCUGUCCCGCGGUGAUCCCGGCAUCCAGGGGGAGCAAGGGUCAGGCUGGGAGUGGGGGCAGGGGGCACCCAGGGGUUCAAGUCUGGUCUCUCUGUCCAUUGAAAUGCUGGACUCAACCCCCCACUGGCCCUGGAGAUGCUGAGAUGUCCCAACCUGGGCAACACAAACACGUGUUGUCAUCAGCAGUGGGCAGAGGUGGGGUAGGGUGGGAUGGGAUGAUCCAUCCCCUGAAGCCAAAAAUAGAGGUUGUGGAGUUGGGUAAAACAACUCCUUGGAACUGGAAUGCCCUGGGCAUCCUCCCAGGACUCAGAG